AUGUGUUACUGUGGCAGAUACUAUGGAGGCCUGGGCUAUGGCUAUGGAGGCCUAGGCUAUGGUUAUGGCUGUGGCUAUGGUGGCUAUGGUUAUGGCUGCUACCGCCCACUGUGCUAUAGAAGAUACUGGUCCUAUGGCUUCUACUGA